ACGACCAGCUGGUCACAUUGCGAAGCACACACAAUGUUUACGUUUUCACAAGAAGAAGCAUCUCCGCGGCAGCCCUGGUUUUAGUUUGCAAAUUACAUAAAAGUCUGACAAAAAAUAAAUAUGUUGCGACAAGUUGCUGGAACCACGUUCGCCAAGCUGCUGCGUGCCACAAACAGCGCCGCGAAUGCAUCGACAACAAUAAAAACGGGCACAUUUGGCGGCGCCCUCAGCACGGUGCUCGCACGCCAGCAGCAAACGAUGCCCGUCGUCGAAUCGUCGAAAGAUGCUCUGCCCAAGAAGGGUUAUUCGCCAUUCGGCACCAAACAGUCGAGCAUGGCAGAAUGGUCGCUAGCUAGAUUGGAUGAUCUGCUCAAUUGGGGUCGCAAGGGCUCCAUUUGGCCCCUUACCUUUGGCUUGGCCUGCUGCGCCGUGGAAAUGAUGCACAUUGCUGCACCACGCUAUGACAUGGAUCGCUAUGGAGUUGUUUUCCGUGCCUCGCCUCGUCAGGCGGACGUCAUCAUUGUCGCUGGAACGCUGACAAAUAAAAUGGCACCGGCUCUGCGCAAAGUCUACGAUCAGAUGCCCGAACCCAGAUGGGUCAUCUCGAUGGGCAGCUGUGCGAAUGGCGGUGGAUAUUAUCACUACUCAUACUCGGUGGUGCGUGGCUGCGAUCGCAUAAUACCCGUCGACAUCUACGUGCCCGGCUGCCCUCCCACUGCGGAGGCUCUCUUGUACGGCGUAUUACAGCUGCAGAAGAAAGUGAAGCGCAUGAAGACCCUUCAGAUGUGGUACAGGAAGUAAGGAUGGAGGCUAAGCCCACGAAUUGAAUAAGCGAAAAGUGUUAAAUAAAUAUUGUAUGCAAAUACGAGUAUAGUCAAUA